ACAGACACCGUACAUACAGUAUAGGAUUGUGUUUGUUUUAUCGAAAUCGGGAUGAUGGCGUAAAGCGUAAAAGAGUUUCGUCACGUCGGUCGGGUAAUUUGUCAUCUAAAAAGGCUCAUACAAACGUGGCAGAUGUCAAUUUCAUAUGAAAAUCAUCAAUUAUUGAAGGUUGUUUCUGUGUUAUUGUAGAUUGUGGUAAGAGUAUGGCUAGGUUAGCUUCUCCAUCUGAAGGGCCAUACCUUCCCCAUGGCAUUGGAUCUAGAUUCUGCGACCUUCGACCUCUGGGAUAUGGCAGCGGUGGUACAGUCUUCUCCGCUGUGGACAGCGAGUGUGACAAGAGUGUGGCGAUCAAGCGCAUUUCGCUUGCUGACAAGAAAGGCUGCCGCUCGGCCCUGAGAGAAAUCCGCAUCCUCCGGAAGCUUCAGCACGAGAACAUCGUGAAGAUAUACGAUGUAAUAUUUGAUGGGAAUUCUGACAACCCUGAAGAUGAGGAUAUCAGCAUCCCAUCUGAGCUUAGAAUGCUCUGUAUUGUACAGGAGUUGGUUGAUGCAGACCUAAGGGUGGUGAUGGAACAUCAACGAAUCAGCAAUGAACAUGUUCGACUGUUUGCAUAUCAGCUGAUAAGAGGGUUGAAGUAUCUACACAGUGCUAAUGUCUUGCAUAGGGAUCUCAAGCCUGAGAAUGUCUUGAUCAAUCAGGAAGACUUGGUUCUCAAGAUCGGGGACUUUGGAAUGGCGAGAAUUGUCGACCCAGAUUAUUCACAUAAAGGCUACCUCACACAGAAUGUGUCCACCCAGUGGUACCGUUCACCAGAGCUGGUUCUCCAACCCACUGAUUACACCAAGGCCAUUGACCUCUGGUCUGCUGGAUGCAUCCUGGCAGAGAUGGUCACAGGCAAACCUUUAUUUCCUGGGGACCACGAUCUGGAGCUGAUGAUGCUGAUCCUGGAUUCUAUACAGCUCAAUGACAGGGACCUCAAUGAAAUACUUUGCACCCUUCCAAGCAAACUGCUGAAAAACUACAAUGGCUAUCCGAGACAUCCACUCAAAGAGAUGCUCUCUAACUUAGACUGCCAUGCUCUUGAUUUGCUGCUUGCCAUGUUAACCUUUGACCCGUCAGCGAGAAUCACAGCUGAGGAGGCUCUGAGAAGUCCAUACUUCAAAAUGUAUUCAUGCAUCAGGGAUGAACCAAUAGCUACACAUCCUUUCCACAUUGAAAAUGAAAUAGAUGACCUGCCACCUAUUGUUAUUAAGAAAAUAAUUCUUGAGGAAUGCCAGGAGAGGACGUAUACUGAUGUGCCAUUUAGUGUUCAAACUGAGAAUGUUUGUGAUGAGAGGGAAGACAAUUCCAGUGGCAGUUCAGACCUACUGCAGUCUGACUCCAAUGGAGGUUUGGGUUCAAGCAGUGAUGAAGAAGUGAAGGAAGCAUGUAUAGACAAUGCAUUCUUGAAUAGGAUGGUAAGCGUGGGCAACAAUAGGAGUGACGGUAGUGAGAAGAAUGAGACAGAAGAGAGCGAGAAGUCUGAUGAUGAGGAGAAAGAGGCUAAGUGGGAGGAUUUCAAGGAAAUGAUGUCCAAGGAUCCAAAUAAUCUGGAGGAUAGAGACGACCAGGAAGGAGACACCUUUGAAAAAGGUUCUGUUGAGUCGGAUAAUGAAGGUAGUGAAAAGUCAGAAGCAGAUGACCAGAUCAGAGAGAAGGGCAACAAUCAAGAUGAUGAAGAAAAGAGAGGAUCAAAGGAAGAUCUUCUGAUGGAGAAAUCUGAAGACUAUGACACAGGAGACAACAAUAAGAAAGAAGAAGAGAAAACAGAGGAAGGGGCUGUGUCCAAGACAGAAAGGAAAGAAAGUCUUGUAUUUAUGGAUUAUGAGGCUGUAGAGAAAGCCUUUGGUGAUAAGUUGCAGAAGGAGAAGCUGAAUGAACAGCUCUGCAACAGAGAAUCCGAAGAUGGAAGUGUCAGGAAGAAGGAAACUGGUGAGAACAAAGAGUUAGAUUUAAUUGACACUAAAGAUAUCUUGCUGGAACAGCAGAAGAGUAAAGGAAAGACACUGGAUGACUGUCUAGAGCUUGGCAUGUUGAGGCUGAGCGAAACUUCACCUACCCCAAAGAACACAGAUGUGGUGCUGGACAAACAGCUCAAUGUCCUUGAUGAAUCCAAAGGCAACCAGGAAUUCAAUGACAAGAGUGAGUUUGUGGAACAAAUAAGAACAGACAACACAGCUGUGUACAAUGAAAAGGUCAAUGAGCUUGAGAAAGUGCUAUGCAACACACAAACUGAGAAGAAACAAAGUAGGCCAAAGAAGCCUGACCUCAAGGAGGUCCUCUAUGUGGACAUCCCUAAGGCUUCAGCUAGUAUUUCACCCAGGAGUUCCCCUAGGGGACAGGGUAAGGAGACGACACGGAGAAAUAGUCUGUCUCCAAGAGAAAGGAGUGUUAGGCCAAAGAAACGAGAUUGGUAUUACUCUAAACAUUAACCUUUAUUUUGUGUGCAUUUUAUCUACAUUGAUUUAUACUUUGAUAUGGACCAUUUUAUCAAAGAAUGUCAAUCAUCUCUCAUUCUCACUAUAAGUGACAUUAAAUUCAACAUGAAUUAUGAAAUAAACUCAUGGUGCUCCCAGGACAAGUUCAAUUGAAUUCCAGGUAAAAGUUGAGAUCUAUUCCAAAGUGGCUAAAAAUCAGUUUAAGUAACAAAGAGAGACUGUCAAAACUGAUUGAUAAGUGUCUGUUUGAAAUAAAAUACAAAAUCAAUAAUUCACAAUUUACGAAAUCCCUGUAAGGCCUAAUUUGUCCAAAGUAUUUUUUUCUUUCAACAAUACAAUAAGAUAUGAAUCAUCAUCAUUAUUCUAUUCGCACAAACAUGGAGUCUUCUUUUUUUUCUACCAUGCUUUAUAUUUGAUGUCAAGAUCAGUGGCAUACUGUACUGUUAUCCCUGAACAUAAUUUGUUAGCCUGAUUAGUUUGGUUUUGUUUCUCGAUAUUAGGGCCCCGCCUUACAAAGAGAUGUGAUUGAUCUCAUCAAUACCAACUACGGGAAGCCUGUAGCACCAUCAUGUUUGAUGCAGUAGUCCCUUCAAAAGUGUCCCUCAAAUCUGUCAAACACUCAUGCAUGUAUAAUUGUUUUGACCAACCAGUAUAGUCCUCUGUCUACAUAGGGACAGUGAGGGCAUCCCCUUGAUAAAGAAUUAUUGCAUUGCUGGCUUUCCAUAUUAAUUUAUUAAGUAGAUAAUCACAAAUCACAUGGCCUAGAACAUGUGAAAUUCCACAUUAUUUACUGAUAAAAACUGAGUUAAAGAUCAAGAUAUAACAUAUUUUAAUUGAUUUAAUUUUAUGUUCAUUAAAAUGAUUGCAUAGAAUGGCAGCUCAAAUGUUUUUAUUUUUAUUUGACAAAUAUAAGUGUACUUGCUGCUGAAGAAUACUUUGUCCAAUUUUGAUAUUUGUUGUAAGCUAUUGGCAUGUCACACAAUGCUUUCUUAACAUUAUAUCUGAUAUAGAAAUUAAGUAUUACUUGUGUAUUUUUUGGUGAGCACUUUGAAGUCCUACAUUUCAAACAUUGUCUGCUGCCCUGAAAUCAUUGAUUUCAUUUUGAGUAUAUAUUUUGUGUAUUUCUUGCCAUUUUAUUUCCCAAAUAAUGCCACUUCUUAAAUCUGUACAGUGAAGAGUUUGUUGUGUUAAUUCUCAUAAAUAAACUGAACCCUGAUUUUUUUUGUAUCUUGGUUUUAUGAAGUGAAAUCCUACUUGAUAUGAAAAUAUGACCAGAGACUUGUAGCUUGUUGUUCUCUUACACAAAACUGAGUAAUAAAAAGCUUAUAUUGCAUAUUUAAAAAAACUUAAACUCUUAAAUGAAAAUCACACUCUUCGUCAUCCUUCUCUUUUUUUCCUCCUCAUUACACUCUUCCUCUCCUUUUUUUUUUCUUUUUGUCCUCCUCCCAUUACUCCCCAUUUUCCUUUACCUUUUAAAUGCCCUUUGAACAAUAUUUCUAUUGUUUUUCAAGUCUAAUAAUCUUAACAGUAGUAGACUGUUAUAUGAAUAGUUUUCUUGGAAGUUUGUGAAGUAUCAUUCAUAGAUGAACUUUUUUCUCUCUCCCUCUUCAGACACUUAGACAUGCCCAUUCAACUCUUUCACAUGCUUGGGGAAAUUAAAUCUGUGAGGUAUUUGUGUGUAUCAUUCAUUGCCAAUAUGGACUUUGGCUUGAGUUUAUUCUCAAAAUGUGUGUGGUUGCACAUUAAAAAGUAGAUACUUUGAUUGCAUGUUGGUGCCUCUCAUGUUUGAUAGUUAUGUUGUCAUUAACAUUUCGUAUUGUUAUUGUUUCUGUUGUAUUUUAUUCAAUGCUCUGUUAUUUUUACUUAUUUUUUUGUGAAACAAUUAGAGAAAUUGUGCCAUUUACCCAAAUACUGUGCAAUGUAGGUAUAAAUUUUGUGAUUUGUAUUCCAAUAUCACUUCCAGUGAUGAUAUUUUAUUCCCAUUGAUCAUCUUUUGGAAAGGAGAUGAAGUCGUGUAAUCGUAAUUUGUAUCUUAGAAAAAAACAAAAAAACAAUGGCCACGGAAGUGUGGGGGGGGGGGGCUUCAGCCCCCACUUUUUUCCAAAACCGUGUACAAAAAAGUAAAAAUGACUAUAUGAUUGUGAUUUUUUGCAUGGUCAGCCCCCCCCCCCCACUUUGAAAACCAUUCCGCGGCCCCUGAAAAUAAUGACAUUAUUAAAACAAAUAGUCAUUUUUAAAGUGAACUACCAUAUACUUCAAAGUAAAGUUCUCAAAUCAUUUUUAUGAUGACCAUCAAGGUUUUUUUAAAGAGCAUUUAAGCCAUGAAUAUGAAAACAACAUUCAGUUUUUGCAUCUCAGAACAUGUAUGCUUGGGUAUCUUUUUUCUUAAGAGAUUUGUAGGUUGUAUCAAAUUAAUGUUCUUUUCCUCCAGAAAUUUUCUCAAGAUUUUAUGAGAAGAAAACUUAUUUCUUUGAUUUGAUUAGGAUCAUUUUUAAAAGCUUGGGCGAAGAAAAUUGUGCUUGCUAUUUAUCAAUUUCAUUGAAUUUACUCUCUUUUUUUUUUGGGGGGGGGGGUGAAAUUACUUUUAUUUAUUGAAGAUAUAAGAUCAUGUAUGGAAGAAAUACAUUUUAAGAAAGUACCUCACAUUUAACUUUGUAUCAAUUCAAAAAUUAAACAUCAUUUGUGAUGUUUGUUCACAAAUUCAAA